CUCUAACGGUAACUAUGAUGAUUGCAAAUGCAACAGGCGAUGGUGUAUACCAAGUUGUCGAUCAACUUGGAAACACUGUCGUUUCUGGAUUGAAAAAACCGGUAAUUUUACGAAAUUUAGUCCAUGUGAAUGAUUUACCCAAUGAAGUUCUCGUGACUAUAUUCUCUAAUCUUGAUCCUAUUCAACUUAAUAAAGUUAGACUUGUAUGUAAGAGAUGGGAUUUUGUUAUGAAUGAUAAACAGACAUGGACAAAUUCAUUUAGUUUAAAGUUUCAUACUCCGAGAAUCUUCCCAUCAUUAUCAAAUUCCAGUAAUUGGAUUACCGAAUAUUUUACUAGAUUACAUUACUUAAAGAAAUGGAAGAAAGGUAUAGCUUUACAUAAUUCUUAUCAAUUAUAUGAUAGUGAAUAUCGAUCUGAUGAUUCAUAUUUAACUAAUUUCCAAGUUAAUAAUAGAUUGGGAAGAUUAAUGGUAUUCUCCAAGAGAUUUGGUAAUAUUACAUCAUGUACUUUAAAGAAUGGUAAAGCUCAAUCUUUUAUACCUGGAGGUAUAACUACAGCUUUUGAAAUAGUAUCUCAUUGUUUAAAUCCAGAUUAUUUAUUAUUAGGUAAAAUGAAUGGUCAAGUUGUAUAUAAAAAUUUAUCUACAGCCAAUCCUUAUUCUACUAGUUCAUCUACAAAAUUAAUUCGUCCAGAAAUAAAUGAAGAUUCAAGUCCUAUCAUGUGUAUUAUUAGUAAUCCAGGAGCUUCUGCCAAAUAUAAACAUAUGGAUAUAAUAUCUGGUUCAUAUAGAGGAAGUUUGGAAAUUCGUAGUUUACAGGGUCACCUUUUCAAAUCAUUUACUUUGACUAAUGAAAUCAUUCUAAAUAUUGCUUCAGAUUUUAAAAAAUGGGUAAUUAUUAAUACAAAUACUCAUAUUCAUAUAAUUGAUUUAAUAAAUUUAACCAUAGUCAAAUCAUUUGAAUUAGGUAUUACUAUAGAAUUAGGUGAUACUACUAGCUUUUCAUAUUAUCAAACUAUCAAUGAAUCUAAAAAUAGUCUUGACGUUGACUUUGGAGAUUUCAAUAUUGUGGUAUGUCAUGUAAAUACAAUUAAAACAUAUAAUUUCCGAGAUUUGAAUAAUAUAUUACAAAGAUCUCUUCAACUUGAUAAUUCUAAAACUAUUCGUCGAUCUACCAUGCAAGGGGUUCUACCUAAUAGAUCAGGUAGUAGUAGAAACAAUAAUAUAGUUGGACUGGAUGGUUUAUUGUUUGCUAAUCUAUUAUCUGAUGAUAGUAUAAUAAUCUGGAAUAUAAGAAGUGGAAAUAAUGAAGGGUCUGAUAUCGUACCCAUGACUACUAUUUAUCCAGAAUUAAAUCAUGGCAAAAGUUAUCAUUCACUUCAACAUACAUUGAAUGUUUUAAAUUUACCUCAAAUCACUUCGAUCUCAUUAAAUGGAUUAUUCAUUGCCGUGGGUGGUUACAGUGGAGUUUGUCGACUUUAUGAUGUGUAUACUGGACUAUUUGUUCGAGAUUUAACAGUAAAAUUCCCCAAGACAUUCAGACAUAUGUAUGAACAAGUUAUACCAGUUAGUCAAAUAAUAUUGAAUGAAGAUAUAGAUCAAGCCAAUGGGAUUGUAGUUAGUGGAGAUUCUAUGCAAUACUUCCAAUUUGGUGAAGCAUCACUCACGUCAUUGAAUCAGAACCCCAAGAAAUCAAAACGUAGUCAAGUUAAUAGUAAAAGUCUCGAUACAAAAAAUAAGAUACGAGAACAAGAAGAGGAAUAUUAUAGUGACAUACAUUCUCAGAAUGAGUCUAGAAAGUUAUUUGAGAAAUUCAAUGGAGAAGAAUAUAACGCAGAGGUAGAAAAUGAUGACGAUAUAUCCUUAGCCAUAGCUUUGAGUGAAAGCUAUCAUGAUAGCAAGGUUAAUUCACGAGCCAAUAGUCAAAAUCAAGAAGACGAGGAUUUGCAAUUAGCCCUUGAGUUGUCUCGAAUAAUGCACGAAGAGAGUCAAAAUAAUAGUCAAGUAUUUGAUUAACUGAGAUACACAAAAGGAUUGUAAUAGUAUAUAUACUCAUAUAAACUCACUCUACAAUUUCAGAAUAUCCAAUGUUUUGGAAUACAAGUUAAAGACAUUAAUCUGAUAUAUUUAAUAGAAACGAACUAAAUAAAGCU